UGGCUCACGGUCAAUACUCAUGGUUGUCGAUCAAACUUUCAAACUUCACUGGAAAAGUUUCCUACUGUCUAAUUCAGCAAAUAAUACGAAGGCAUUUCAAUGUUGGCGAUAUGUAUAUCUUGGAUGAGUCGAUCCAGUAUUUGGGCAGUUGGAUCGUAUAACAGUUCUUCCUUUGCAUACAUACAUAUGUACAUAUACACACAUUAUGUACUUGCAUAUGCGCUUAUUUCCUCGUCAUUCGCUCGUUGGCUCGCAAAAUACGAAUAGCCAAUGAACCAUCAAUUUACUCAAAAUACAUUGUAGGGCUGAUAGUGUAGUCAUAUGCAGUAAAGGAAUUUCAAUCCAAAGUAAUGUUGAGCAGAAAUUGCUUUCACUCUUUCCCACUGCUGCUUUCACCUCAAUAACAAAUUCCAUCAGCUACCCGUCGUCCUGUGUCAUGAUAUAUGAUAACUGCUUUAGCAAAAGCAUGGGAAGCGCAUUUGACGCUCGAUGGAACGGACACAUUAUUAUUAUAUUAUUAUCGAGAAAGAGAGUGAGACAAGAAACCCAAGGUUUUGCAGGGAAACAGACUUGUCCUCAGUUGUAACGUCGCCUUUUUGUCGCAAAGUUAUCAUUUUGUACGCGUGGUGGUAGCAAUACUCAUUUUUUAUAUAAAUAUCAUUAAUUACAGUUUGAAUAAUGACUAAAUUAUUUAAUUUUAUUGUUUUACAUUUAAGUUAACAAUUGUACAAAGUAAUAUUUUGUAUAAUUAACCUUAUUUAAUAGAUACAUUAUCAGAGCUUUCACAAAAUACCACUAGUUCAAAAAUAGAGAUGAGUAGGCCACCAACAUUCGUGGAAUGUUCUGUUUGUGGUCGUGAAUUUGGUUCAAAAAGUAUAAUAAUUCAUGAACCCCAGUGCCUUCAAAAGCUGAGACGUACCGAGAUCAAGGACAACGAGCCAAUAAACGGAAGAAAGAGACGGAAGAAGAAAACGUCACCAAGAAGCCAAGAACCUCACACAUCCGCUAUAGAAACCAGUAGCGCGUUGAAAAAUAACUUGGUCACGCUACCAAAAAUCCAAAAUAACUUUAUAAUUUAUCCCAGAACCACGACACAAAGACCAACGACAGUCACCUUAGAUCGUCCACGAGUUCUAAAUCCAGAGUACCGACACUAUGACAUGUCACUAACGCGGAUUGACUUUACAUCGUCGCCAACACUGCCAGGAAUGGACGAUAAUCACAAUAACACCAAUAGCAGAAGUUCACAGAUCGAUACCACCACGAAUCGAUCGCCAUUUAUUCUUCCAGUGAUGAAUGUGGCCCAGACCCCUGGCAGUACCACUGCCACCGAUUCUUACAGUCCAACGUGGCGACGUAGUCAACACACCAUGUACAAAACUGAUGGACCUCAUGGUGCACCCAUCAAGCCACUUCCAUCGUCAGGAAUUUUGCACACUACAAGUAUAACGGACGCGUUACUGGGAGAACCUCUUAAUCGUUCAACGCCACCCAUCAUGCACAUGGGUCACGGUCUUGGUCCGGAAUCGCCCCCUCUCUACUCUAGACAAACAGCCUUCUGUGAUUGUGAUUGUGGUGAUCACCUCUGUGUUCCAAAAAUGAACCUUCUACAAACCUUGCAAACCUGUUGUUUUCGUGUUGAGAUUGAAUCUCAGAUCACAAACUCGAUUCCUCCUGACCAACCGAAUAACCUUUUUUACCCUUCCUGUUGUUGUCGGUGUUUCUCCUGCCCAGAUAAUAAAGUGACUCCUUCAUCCGUUGACAAAAUCCCUCCUGGAGACCUCCCAUUCCUUCCUUCCUCCUCCGACUCCUUGCACACAGCCGCCGAGAAAGAAGGAGGGUCAGUAGAACAUGAACCAAAUUCCAAACUCGCCAAUAUCCAUAGGACUCAGUCUUCUCGGCCACACAAGGACGAACUUCUGACUGCCACCACUUCCACAACCAACUCCUCGGUAGAACAAUUUGAUGAGGCGCAACAUAAAAUAGACACCUCUGAGCAAAAUUGUGGAAAGCAUUAUGACUUUCAUUGGCAAGAGGAUAGCGAACCGCAGGUUGUUCACGAAGAAAGUACGGGAUUGAGAUUGGACAAGGGCCAAGGAUUGAACUGCGAUAAUCCUGUUUCGUGGGACGAUGGAAAAUAUGAUGUCACAAAUAAAGAGCCAGAAAAGAAAAUAUCCCAGUGUGCAGAUUUGAAGAACAGCGUGUCUGUGAUUUACUUUAAUCAAACGAACAAACCCAAUGAACUCGAUGCCACUGGAUCAGAGUCUGAAACAUCUUUGUCUGAUGAUGAUGAUGAUUUCACGGAAAUGGAGUUGGGACGACCCAAAUCUCUAAUCAUUCGUGAAAUUAACGAGGAUGGAGAAGCUCUCAACGAAACUGAGACAGUGACCGCAAACGACAAGGACAACGCAUCGAAUUUUCCAAUAAAUGUAACCGAUACAUCCGCCCCACAAGACACUCAGGUAACUGGAGUAAUUACUCCAGUAAUUCAUGGGGUCACGACAGUUUUCAACAACCUGGUCGGCUGCUUCUUCACUGGGGACAAGGUUCUUGAGCCCACUAAUGUCAAUAUCAAUGCCAAUGUAGACGAGAAUCGCACAGUCAAAGACUUGGAACAGAAAAAUAUCACAAUUCCUGAAAAAGUUGAUAGUCUGCCCAUGAACAUCAUAACCGAAACGGCUGACAACGCCCCUCAUCUUUUACGUGGUUCAGAGAAAGUCGAGUCGAAUAUUAUUUCAGUCGAGAAGCUAAAAUCAGGACAUAAAAGCAUAACGUUCAAUUUGGAGCCUAGAAUCUGUCAUUAUCAAUCCGAGGAUAAUGAAGACAUAGAAAUUGCUAAGGCAGACGUGGACAAGCCCAACAACAACGCGUCUAUUAUCAGUGCGACGGAAAUUAAAACUUUGCCAUCUGAAGUGCAGAUCAAAUCCAUCUCACCAAAAAGUAGUUCUUGUUGCAUUAAUGUCAACCAAGUGGUUUCAAGUUGUACACUGCUACGCAAUAAGUCAAAGAUACAGACUGUCAACAAAAAACUCGAAACUUGUGAAUCUGAGACUACUGAACGACAUCCUUUAAGUUCGCUGAUGCUUGAAAACACUCCACCACAAAACCAAGAGCAAAGGAGUUCAACAGAUUACGAAGGAGGCGAAGGGAGCAUGGGUUCCAGUUUUGGAAAUGACACUGAACUUGAGUACUCCAGCUCAACUGAGACGGUUGUUGACGCUUUGGAAGCUAAUGGAAUGACGCUACUAAACCAAUCUCCAGUCGAAAUCGAAACCAAAGUGGAAUUUGGGGGGCCACCGCUUGAAAAUAUUUCCAAGAAUUCUUUGGAGAAAGUGAGCAUAUGUUUGAACCAGCAUCGAUGGGACAGAGACCAGCCAAAUGUUUUAUUCGGCGAGGCGCGAGAACCCCACAGAAAAUCCAUAAACACUAAAACAACUAAAGCACCUCAAGGGGAAGGUUUCAAUUUGCAUGAUGGUGUUUCCGUAUGGGAGGGGGCACAAAUUAAUAAUUCUGAUGACGAUGAGAAUGACUUGGAAUUAGACCCAAUACCACAAUCACAACACAGACAACAACAACUACAUUCAAGAGCUGAAGCAUUUGUUCGAAAUUUCGCCCAGUUUGAAUCCGGCUCCAUUGCAAACAACAAUAACUUAAUGAACCCUCGUGCAAGAUCUUCGGACGCCCAACCAAUUUUAGUGCAACAAGCCUUGAACAUCAAUCCGGCUCUAAUCAAGCCUAAGCCAACCAAGAAGAAAAAGAAACAAGGGCAACACGAAAAAAAAGUCAAUCAACUUCUUCACUCUUUGGUACGUUUACAUGAUCUCCAUUCUAGCAAAGAAUUCGAGGUGGCGUAUACUGUCGCUCUAUCUCACGCACUGAUGGAUGCCAACACUGACCGUCCUCGUACGUCUCCCGCUGCUCCCACUUCGACACCGUACGAGAAUGACCCGCCUAAUUUGUUCACUCCUUGGCCUAAACCGUCAUCCACAGUUCGACCACGAACUGCUAUUGAAAGUCCACUUCAGACCCCAUCGGAAGCAAGUAUGCAAGAGUCUGAGUUGUCAUCUUCCGAAUGGGAACGUUACCAGUACGAUAACUACAUGUCCACACAGCUUCCUCCAUUCUAUAUGAACUCGAGAAACCAAUUUGUUCCACAUUCAACUGCUCCAAAGAGAAGGAAAUCGUCAUAUGAGAAGAAACAGAAGGGGAGAUCUUUAGGUUCUCAACAGGCUGCUGCAGAGCGUCUCGCUAAGCCAAAAUGGGUUACCGCAGCUUACGCCUCAAGUGAAAUUAAUCUUAGUCGCUCGAAUUCUGCUGCCUCAAAUUACUCGACAAAAAGUUUCACCAAGUCUCAGCCCAAGCUGCAUCAUCGACCUGAAUGCAAAAGUGCUAUAAUGGGUACACAAACGCCUAGUGUUCAACAACGUCUGCUGACACCCACAAAAUUUAGGCGUCAUGUUAAUAGUACGGUUGAACAGACACAGAAAAAAAUCAUCCAGUCAGCAAAGUCGGGAUUACUCCCUUUGGUUCAAAGACCAAAGAUUGAAGUAGAAACGCAGACAUUUAAGAAAGUUUCCAAACAAGAAAAAACCAAGAAGGGGAAAAUGUUUGUUCCUAAAAGUAAAGAGAUUUCAGUAUCCUCGGACGAAGGUCAAAGGAGUACUUCCGCUCAAGUUCGUCCAGAAUCGCGACGAAUAAAGAAUGCAGUGGAGAAAUAUGUUGCGAGCUCAGAUAGGAACGAAAAGUUGAAACCACAUGCAUCUGAAUCCUGGGAGGAUAAGUACUUUUCCACCAGCGUUUCCCAAAGUCAACUAAAGCUAAAAAAGGUGAAAGUGACCACAUCCCAAGAGGCAGACCAUAUUGAUCUCUCCUACCGAAUUAAACCUACUUCAUCCGCGCGAAAUACUCGUUACGAGGUGUCCACACCAACAGAACACGGUCUUCCAAACACCCAAGAAAAGUGCGACCAGGACCAAAAAAGCUAUAUUGAAUUUUCAAACAUUGCCCUGAUUAUUCCAAAAACACCGUCAGUGGGCAAGGAUUACAUUGAUUUAAACAUUGUCGUUCGGAGAAAGGCUGGUGACGGGACAUUUCCUCAUUUGGUAGACGUCGUGUCUGAAAUAAGUCCGGACAACUUUUACCUCAUCAUCGACGAGAGCGAAGAGUUUGUCUCUGGUGAGAGUCAACUGCUCGAUGAAGGAUCGGCCGAACAGCAUGAAGUCGACAAGUCCCUGACCCCUGAGAGACCUUAUGAUUUCCUUAUUUCCUUGUCUUCCCCUCUGUUGGAACAAACCGAAAAGAGAUUCCAAGUCAGAAAUUUUGGGAAGAUUCCUAUCGAAAACUUGCAAAAUCUUGUGAAAAAUAACUCCAUUCCAACCUUUCAGCCCGAAACUAUGACGGAGAAGGAGAAUGUCACAUUUCUUCGGAAUGAAGUAAAUUACAGACAGCGUGGUCGCAGUCGGAGUCUGUCACGCUCGAAGGUAUUAAAGCAAAUUAGGAGUCUGAAAUCGGUGGAUAUGGACACGCUGGGGCUAACUUGCUUGGCGACAGAAGAUCUGAAGCAGUCUCCCAGCCAAGAAAUUAUAAAUGCCAACUACGAUGACGACGAAGAAGGAGAAACGGACGAUAAGGUUGACCAAUUGAUGGCUCAGCUUUUGUGAAAGAAAAAAUUGCACAUUGUAAUAUGCAAUAUGCUUCCAUUUCAAAUUCAAAUGGCUUGCAAAAUUUAUUGUACUACUGGAAUGAGUUUCCUACAUUUUUGUAUGUAAUUAAAUUUGAAGUAGACUUGCAAAACUUGCAUAUAACCUUAUUGACAUUUUCUGCAAUGAUUUCUACAUAUUCCAAACGCGAGUAUAUGAACAUACACUUGAGCACAAUUAAGAAAUACAACUUAAAUUUUAGGACAAAAAGAUACUAUCAAUUAUUGGUAAGAGGGGAUCAUAUUUCGAGGCAUUAUCCAUCUACAUAUUUAUGUAGCUGCAUGAUAGGGUUUAAUAUACGCUAGUUAGCCACUUAUUAGCCAAUUUUACAACAUAUCUCUGUAGUCAGACCAAGGUAAUUGUAGUUAUGUACAUACAUAUGGCUCUGUCGCUACCUUAAACAUGCCUGUAGAUACGUGUAAUUUGACACUCACUUAUUCAUCGUAAGACCUCAUUAAACCUUACGGUUGUCUAGCAACUUUGGACAUAAGUAUUACCAAAACAAUACACUAAUGAAAACUAAAAAUACUUUAUACGUGUUGUAUGCCGGGUUUAAUGCCUGAAGUUAGCAAAAUUGCGAGUACUCUAAAUUCGAAAUCUUUAUGCAAAAUUUGAAAUAUAUUCGACUUUGAAAACAAUUAAAAUCAUGGGGAAUACUCACGUUGGAUUUUACAAAAUAUCGUAUGUUGCAGAUCGUAAUUUGAUACUAAUAUGUAAAUGAAUCUGCAUAUGAAUGGGAGUGUGCCAUGAUUUUUAUAUUUUACGCUACAGUGGGGAGGACAUCAAUGA